CCCAACUGGAAUGAAACUACUCGCUGUCUCUUUCCUGAACAUUGUCCCGCAUCAUCCCUUCAGCUAGGAGAAAGAAAGGAUGGACAGCUGAUUUAAUCUGGAAAGAACUAUUAGUUCACAAAAAUGGGACCGAAAAUGAUUUUUGAAUGGAUUUGUCCUCUGACUCUCAUAGUCUGCAUCACGAUUGGCUCUUUCAUAAUACCUGUGAAUACCCUUGAGUGCAAUGUAGAUAUCCGUGAUGAACAGAAAAUUUGUGAUGGCACUAACAGCACUGUACUGGAAUCAGAACUACAAUCUGGGAGCAUCAAUGAUUUCUGUAAUUAUACAGUCUCGCAAUAUGCAUGUGCUCAGUGUGAUGUGUUGGCACAGUUGACUAGUGAGAACUUGACCUUGAUCUUCAAAUGUUUUGCUGUAACGAGACCUGUGAGCAUCUCUGAUCUGAAUGUCACCACCCUAUUCGUGCAGAAGAUCAGUCUAUCAAAGCUCAAAAACUUGCUGAACAGGUUCAACAGGAAGAUUAAUGACACAUUGACAAUUCCACUGAUGGCUAAAGAAACAAUCUUUCAAGCUCUUUGGGAGAGAUUUAAAAUUGACCUGAAGACAAACAACACCAGUUUUCUGGAUGCCUUUUCACAGCUCUUUAGGCCAUUUAUUGCUGGCAUCUCCCAACCAAUUCUGGAGACACUUCAGUAUUCAGACAUAGUGUGUGAAAACUUCAAAGCAAUUGUGCAAGGACUCAAUGCAGGUCUGGCUGAGAUGACACUCACCACAAAGGAAGUUCUGGAGAGAUGGAUCUUUGGUUACAUUAAUGUCACAGGUGUGGACUGCAUCACCAAUACCAGUGAGUCCAGAGACUGGCUUCUGAAAAAUUGGGGAUUCAUCAGCGAUCUCAUCCAAUCUGUCAAUCUUACGAACACAAGUUCCAGUGCAGUCAGUACGACUGUCAUUCAAAAAGAGACGAUAAGGGACACAUUACUCGGCAGUAUCUUUACCAACCUGAAACCCUUGUUUCCAGUGUUUACCCCAACUAACUUCUCCAACUGGUUUCAGACACAACUACCACCGCUGCUACCUGCUAUUACAACUCCUGAACUUGAAGACAUACCCGUCAACAUAACUUGUGAAUCUUAUCAGGCGAUAGUGAAAGGAUUUGACACUGUGUUCUCAAACUUAACGGUACUACAGCUUUCAGAAUUCUUCAAUUUUGGUAAAAAAAUCCUAACCUUCCAACUCAAUUCAUCAGGUAUUGCAUGCACAGGCAACGUGACUGGAAGCCGUGAAUGGAUAAAAAAGAACUUCUUGAAAUCCUUGCAAGGCAUGAAAUUAAGAGACCUCUUAGCUCUGAACAAAAACUUUUCUGGAUUUGAAGUAUUGGACCUCCUCACUCCUCAACUACUUGCUGAAUUGACUGUGAGCUCCGAAGCAUGGUUUAAUGUGGACAGGAUAAAUCAGAUCAUUGAUACCCUCGUGGGCCGAAAUUUCAGCGACCUCAUUGCCUAUUUCACCCAAUUUAAUUAUGAUACCUCCAUGAUGAAUAUUACAACUUUUCAAAACACUACAGUGAGGGAUCUAAUGUUGAGCAGGAUCAUGCAGCUGUUGGAACGCAAAUUUUCAUCAUUUAAUACCAGUGACUAUGUUGAGUGGCUUCAGCACAGACUAUUUUUGCUGCUGCCCAGUAUUACAGGAAAAGAGCUUGCCACUAUACCCCCCAACAUAACCUGUGAAUCUUACCAAGCCAUAAUUGAAGUGUUUAACAGUCUGUUAAUGAACUGGACAAUGACACAGAUUCCAGAGAUUAACAACUUUAGUAAAAAUAUCCUUACCUCCCAGCUCCAAUCAUCAGGCUCCGCAGAUAUUGCAUGUGCAGCCAAUGCAACUGCAAGCCGUGAAUGGAUACAAAAGAACUUCCUGAAAUACUUGCAAGGCUUGACUUACAGAGACUUCAAAACUCUGAACAAAAACUUCUCUGGAUUUGAAGUGUUGGACCUUCUCACUCCUCAGCUACUUGCUGAAUUAACUGUGAACUCUGAAGCAUGGUUUAACACAUACAGGACAAAUCAGAUCAUCACUACCCUCACAGGCCGAAAUUUCAGUGACCUCGUGGCCUAUUUCACCCAAUUUAGUUAUGAAACACGCAUGAUGAAUAUUACAACUUUUGAAAACACUACAGUGAGGGACCUGAUGUUAAGCAGGAUCAUGAAGUUGUUGCAACCUGCACUUUUAUUAUUUAAUGUCACUGACUACGCUGAGUGGUUUCAGAACAGAUUACUUUUGCUGCUGCCCAGUAUUACAGGAAAUGAACUUGCAGCUAUACCUACCAACAUAACUUGUGAAUCUUACCAAGCAAUAAUUCAAGCCCUGGAUGAUUUGUACCUAAAUUUAUCAAAGUCACAACUCAGUGAUGUUUACAACUUUAGUAAAACGUUUUUGAACUUGCAAUCUUUCUCACAAGGAACUGGAGAUGUUCCAUGUACUGCUAACACAACUGGAGUUCGUGACUGGCUACUAAAAAACUUCAAUAAAUUCAUGGCACAAAUCACUUUCACAGACAUACCGUUUCUGAACAAGAAAUCUUUUCUGUUCGAAAUAUUGGACCUGCUCAGCAUCCCGCAGCUCUCUGGACUGACUGUGAAAUCACUGAAUGAUCCUUCGGGCAUCAACAGAAUCAUUGACAUCCUCAGCAAUAAAAGCUACAUUGACUUGAUCGGCUAUGUUACGCAAUUUGUUAAUGAGACAAAAGUGAGGAACAUUACAGAUAUUCAACCACUCGCAACAAGAAGCUCAUUGUUGACGGGGAUCAUGUCGCUGUUAAGAUCCUAUUUUACAAGAUUUAAUGAUACAGAUUAUGCUGAGUGGUUCCAGAACAGAUUACAACUGCUGCUGCCUAGUAUCAAUUACAGGUUGCUGGGGUUGAUACCCACUAAUAUAUCAUGUGAAUCUUACCAGGCAAUAGUCAAAGGGCUGGAUAAUUUGUACCUACGUUUUACUCUGCAACAGAAUAGGGAGAUCUACCUUUUCAGUAAACGUAUCCUGAAGUUCCAUCAAAGUUUAGAAGGCUCCCUGGGUAUUGCUUGUGCUGAAAACUCUUAUGGAUCCCAUGAAUGGAUAAUCAAAAACUUUUUCCGCUUCAUCUCCCAGUUUGAUUUCAGUGACUUCACAGAUCUGAAUAAGAACUUCUCUGCUUUUGAAGUGUUGGACCUCCUCACUGCAAAGCAGCUGUCUGAAUUGACUCUGGAAUCUGAUGUGUUGAAUAACAUGGAUAAAAUCAUCCAGAUCCUUGAUGUUCUUACAAGCAGAAACUUCAGUGAUUUGGUCAACUACUUUAACCAAUUUGUUCAUGAAACACAAGAGAUGGGCAUAACAGCAAUUCAAAACACAAUGGUGAGGAACGUAAUGCUGCAAAGAAUCUUUGUGCUGCUGAGACCACAUUUUGUAGUAUUUAAUGCAAGUGAAUACAUCGACUGGUUUCAGAAUAAAUUAAAUUUACUGCUCUUCGGUAUUACACAAAAAGAGCUUGACACACUACCCAGCAAUAUAACCUGUCAAUCUUACCAAGCCAUAGUGAAAGGACUGGACAAUUUAUAUUCCAAUUUAUCAAUGACACAACAAAAAGACAUCUACGAUUUUAUUAUAAAAUAUUUGACUCGCCAGCUUAAUACAACAGCAACUGCAUGCACUGACAAUACUAAUGGAAGUGUAUCAUGGCUCCUGAUUAACUUUGGCAGAUUUCGGUCAUUCAUCACUUUCAGUGAUCUCCUGGCUCUGAAUAAGAACUUCAUUGGUCUCAGUGCAAGAGGAUUACUGACAGUAACUCAACUGGGGCAGUUGGCUGGUAAUAAUGGAACACUGCGAAAUAUAUAUGAGGUGCAGAAAAUCCUCAGUAUCAUCACAAGUGACACUGUUACUGAGUUCAUUGAUGCAUUCAGCACUGCUGUUAAUCAGAAUGUGGUUUUCGCUCCUGGUGUGGGUGCAGCUUUAUUAGAAAAAGUCCUGAAUCUUUCUCAGUCAAUACUUUCAAAUGCCAGCACCACUGAACUCCAAAUCUGGUUUGGCUCGAGGUUACAAGCGCUUCUGCCCAGUCUCACUAAAAACAUUGUGCCUUUGGUCUUUGUCUCCAAGAGCUGCAAAGGGUUUCGUACCAUUGUCACAAUACUGAGCUCAAUAAAAAAGAAGCUGAGUGUCAGCAUUCAAGAAGCUGUUUAUAGAAACAUAUUGGCUUAUAAUAAAGUAUUCCCUCUCCUCUGCUAUGAGAACACCAGUUUUGUUUCUUACCUAUACAACUAUUACCAAAAUUUUUCUGAAUUUCUAACCCUGAGGGAUACGUUUCUGCAGAUUCCUUCAGAUCGCCUUGAUGAGGUGUUGAAAACCAUUGAUCCUGGUGAAUUUACUGAUCUACUGAGCAGGCCUGGAUUCAUUGAUGACAACAAGUUUCUGAUCACACUGUUAACCCGUUAUCUAUCCAGACAGAACCUGGAUAAAUUUGUGGAUGAUUUCAACUUAGUUAGCCGAGAUAGUCAACUGACAGAUGAUAACCGAGCUGCACUCUUAAAAGUUUUUUGGACGUACUUUGCUACAUUGAUCCUGCCUGAAAACAAUGACACUGAGGUGGAUAAAUGGCUCAACGUCAGAUUACAGCCAUAUCUCCCAUUUAUCACCACUGACCUCCUCAUUUCCAACAUUACCCUGGGAAUCCAGUGCCUUCCCUACAGGAAAAUUGUCAGAACAUUGAACGCUCGCUAUGCUGACCUAACCACAAUUAAACGGAAAGAAAUCUACAAUGGUAUCAAAGUUUAUUUGCAAGAAGGUCCCAAACCAAAAUGCUAUGAUGCAAAUGAUACAGCCCUGAACUCCACUGCUUGGUUCAGUAACUACCUGGGACUGUUUAUGAAUCAAAUGUCACUGACUGAUCUUCAGUCCUUCUUUGAUAAUGAAGCACAGAUUCAAGAGUUUGUGGCAAACCCUGAAAACCAGGCUCUUCUAGAAAAUCUGAAGUUAUCCACUGAAGUAUCAAAGUUCUUCAUUAACCUGCAGAUGAAAAAUGAAACAGUUUUUAACAUUUCAAGUCUGCCAAACUCUUUGGUUUGUUUUCUUCAUGGCACUAAUAUACUUAGAUCCCUGAAUGUGCAGCAAAUACUGGCCUUAAUUGAAAGGGUAAAUGAUGUCUGUGGGUUGAGCAGCUCAUCCAAUAGAACAGAUGAUGCAACAUUUCUGACAGAUGAACGUCGGAAGCUCUCAAUACUUCUAGUGAGCAAGUUUGACAGCUUCUCGGUCAGUGUUCUGAAUGGGUUGGGACAAACAGCUGUUGGACUGUCAUUCUCACAGAUUAGAAGUAUUGAUGGGAACAGUCUACAGGGAGCUCUGCCAAGCUUGAGCAAAGUUAAAGGCUGGAAUCUGGGCCAGGCUAAACUGAUUGUGGCCAAGUUACUCAAACAGAACUUCCAGGUCAAUAACGCACAGAAUCUGCUAGGCCUGGGCAGUUUAGUGUCUGGCAUUCCAAGCAGUGUGUUUGAACGCAUUGAUCCAGAGGUGUUCAAAGGGUUACUAUCCGAAUCGACUUUUGUGGAGAAUAUUGGAGCAGCAUCACAACCAUUAAGAAUGAUCUGUGUUCUGCAAGUGCUUAGGAAUGAGAAAGACCCUCUAACAAUAGUAAAGAACAUUCCUCCUGUCUUAGCCAAGGAAGUCCCACCUGUACUGCUAAAUUCAAACCUAACAAUUAAAGAUGUGAACAACAAGCAAUGGGUUCCCAGUCAGGCUGCAGUGUUCUUUGAAAGCAUUAUCAGAAGCAGUAAUGAUUAUGAGAAAUUCUCACCCUCUGUCCUGCAAGGCUUCAGCUGUGGUGCAGUGAAGACCCUGAAUUUCACUUCAUUUAUUGAGCUUGUUCAAGCCAUGAAGGAGAAAAGGGCCAUACUUGAUGAAAGCCAGCUCAGAUGUAUAUAUUUUAGACAAAAUUUCCAAAAGAGAUCAGCUGACAUAGACAUAUUCCCUGUGAAUGUUCUGCUAUAUUUCAACUCCGCCAACUUCAGAAAAUCUCAGAAUUGUAAGGCAUUCUUCAAAGCUGUUGGAAAAGCAAACAUUGAUAUCUUACCAAAAGGUUCAGCAAGAAGACAAAAUCUGCUGGAUGAUGCCCUGACGUGUUUGGGAAUUUCAGGCAGUAAUCUGUCAAGGGACAGUGUGACAGUACUGGGCAGAUUGGUCUGUGACCUCACAGGAUCAGUUAUCUCUGAGUCUGAUAUUUCCAUUCUGGAUGAAUUAAAGAAAUGUAUUUCAUUCUCGGAAAGUCAAAGGAGAGCAAUUGAAGCACUACUGAAGAGUGGAAAGACCAGAUACAGUGCUCCUUCAUCAUGGUCAUCAUCAACUAUAUAUGAACUGGGAAAUUUGCCUUUGACUUUGACUGACACGUGGAGAGAAGUAAAGGAGGCUGUCAUUAAUGAAGCACUCCCAAGAUUUAUCAAGAAAAUAAAAUCAUUGAAACCACGCGGUGACGUCCUGGCAUUUAUAAAGCAGCUGGAUUUACAAAAAGAAUCAAACAAUACAACAAACUGUACAAUGGGGCAGAUAACAGCAGAAAACAUUGAUGAUUUGACACCUGCUAUCUACAAUGUGAACCAGUUAGAUCUUUGUUUGAGUGAUCGUGUAUUGGACGACAAUGUUCUUCAACUGGGAACUCUUUCCUUUGACCCCUCUCAGCUAGAAGUUCUGAAAAACAGACUGCUACAGAUUUACCCUAAUGGGCUACCUGAAGAACGGAUUCAAAUUCUGGGGAACAUAUCCACAGUGUUUAAUGCAACAGAAGUCAACAGCUGGAAUAUCAGUGAAGUUGAUACUCUUUCUGAAUUAAUGAAGCCACAAUUGGAAAACACAAUGGUUAUAUCCAUCAUAACAAGAUAUCUACUGUUAGGUGGAACUCUAAAUGCUGUUGCUUUGAAAGCAAUUGGUGGGGUAAACUUGUGCAUUCUGAAUGAGAGCCAGGUGAUAAUUUCAAACCUAACGGACGCAGGAGCUCUGGAUCUAUCUACUUGUACACAGUCCAUGAAAGACUUUCUUUAUAUCCAAGCAUUGUCUGUCCUUGGAUUUCAGCGAAGGAACACAAUCGCCUACUUCUAUCUAAUGAAACCAUAUCUAGGUGGAAUUCCUCUGGGAGAUCUGGAAGCUCUUGCAAAUAAUGCGGUGAACAUGGAUUUUGCAACCUUUGCAAACCUGAAUCCUCAAGUAGUAAAGAACCUGACGGCCCAGAAUCUGAUAGACUUGCUUGGGUACAACAUACAAGCUCUUCAAGAUGCGGUCAAUGAAACUGUUGUGGUGAUUUGGGUGAACUCACACUUUGAAUCUGAAGUCAGACGGCUUGGGUUGCCAGGAGGAAUUCCAGAUCCCACACGAGGCAUAAUAUUUUGUGCAGGCAAAGACAGUUCGGCUCUUAAUAAUUUCCUAAUCAAUAUUAAUCCAAAGCAAUUCUGCAGCUUUAACAUCACAGAAUAUGCAUGUGCUAAGACUGAUCUACUGAAGCGAAGCUUAAAUAGUGAUAACUUGACAGAUAUUUUUGACUGCUUCAUUGGCAAAAAUGCUCUGAAUACCUCAGAUGAAACAGCACUGAUUGUUUUCCUUCAGAAAUUUGAGGAGUCUACACUAAAUAAAGCAUUGGAUAAAUUCAGCAGGAAGACCCUGAAUGCAGAAGAAAUUCCCAUAUUGACGAAGGUCACAUUUAUAAACAGUCUGUGGGUGAUUGUGAAGACUAAUGAAAACUUAACCAGUCCACUCUUCCUGGCAAAAUGGUUCCAAGAGCGACUCAGGCCUUUCAUUGCUGGCAUUUCCCAGUCGGUGGUGAGCCCUCUUCUGACAAGGAACUUAACCUGUGAUGGUUACCAAGCAGUUGCAAAAGGACUUCGUAAAGGGUUCAGAGAAAUGUCACCAGAAGUGAGAAGGACUGUGCUGAAAGAGUGGAUCAUCAAUUACCUUAAUACCACAGCAUUUGUUCUUAAUUGUUAUGAAAACGGAAGCUUUGUUCUCUUCUUGAAGAGCUCAUUUCAAAAUAUCAGUCGCUUUCUAACUGUGACGGAUGUAUAUACUCUGGUGCCACCUGAUGUUUUCUCAGAGGUGUUGAAAACCGUCGAACCCAGUGAACUUGUUGAGGUUCUAAGCAGGCCUGGAUUCAUUGAUAACUACAGUAUUCUGAGCGCCAUCUUAAUCCGUAUCCAACCAGUCCAAAAGUUGGCUACACUUAUUAAUAAGUUCUUCAUGGAGAACCAAAAUAGUAACGUUUCAGCUACCAUCAUAGAGGGGAUACGGCUUGAAUUUUCCAGGAGCUUGUCUGGUUUUGGUAAUCCCGAAUUGGCUAAGUGGCUGAACUCCACACUAAUUCCAUCUCUGCCAUUGAUCAGUAACAUCCUUUUCACUUCCAGAAAUAUCCAGAAAUUCCCUUGCUAUCCAUUCAAUAAAAUUAUUGCAACACUGAGUUUUUUCAAACAACGACUGAAUUCCAGUGAUCAAGAAGUCAUAUACGAAAAUAUAUUAAAUUAUACCAAAGCAUUCCCACUUAAUUGUUAUGAAAACAACAGUUUUACUCUCUACUUGAAGACCUAUUUCCAAAAUUAUUCGGACUUUCUAUCUCUAAAGGAUGCAUUUUCAGUGGUACCUCCUGAACUUUUAGCUGAGGUGUUACAGAAUACUGAUCCCAGGGAAUUAGCUGAUCUGCUGAGAAUGCCUGGAUUCAUUGAUGACUAUAAGGUUCUGACUAACCUCUUAAUCAAUAUCCGAUCCAUGGAGAAUCUGAAUUUACUUGUAGUUGAAUUCAUCACCAAAACCCAAAAUGAUAAUCUUUUAGUUGCUGUCAUCGAGGGGUUACGGCUUGAGUUUCAGAAAAGCGGGUUUGGAGUUAAUGGUACUGAUGUAGAGGAAUGGCUUCAUGCCACACUAAUUCCAGCACUGCCACUCAUCAGCACCACCCUUUUCAACUCUAAUAAUAGCCAAAGACUCCAGUGCUUUUCGCUUGAAAAACUUGUUGCAGUACUGAGCUUAUUCAAACGGAAGCAAAAUCUCUAUGAUCAGAAAACCAUCUAUAAAAACUUAUUGGCUUACGCAAAAGCAUUUCCUUUUCAAUGUUAUGAAAACAAGAGUUUUGUUGUCUACCUGAAGAGCUAUUUCCAAAACUACUUCAAUUUUCUAACUCUGAGGGAUACAGUUUCACUGUUUCCUCCUGAUCGUCAGACUGAGCUGCUGAAUCGUAUUGAUCUGAAUGAAUUGGUCAACCUGCUGACUACACCUGGAUUCGUUAAUGACAGCUAUAUUUUAACAAAGUUGGUGCUGCAAAUUAAACCAAUCCAAAAUCUAACUGUGUUUUUAGAUGCUUUCGCCAAUGCAACCCAAAAACCGAAUCUUUUGGGUGCCGUAAUGGAGGGUGUGUGGAUUUGGUUUACCGAAAGUCUCUCUGAACUCACUGACGCAGAAGUGGAUGUUUGGCUUAAUGUCAGACUUGCCCCAUACCUGCCAUUUAUCACCACGCCCAUUUUGGUUUCCAACAGCACUCUGAGAGUCUCGUGUCUUAACUACAGAAGAAUUGUAAAAGCACUGAAUGUUCAAUUCCCAAAGUUAAACUCGGAAAAACGGAUUGAAAUCUACAAUGGAAUCAGAGCUUACCUGCUACAAGGUCCCAAACCAAAAUGCUAUAAUGCAAGUGAUCCAGUCCUGAACUCCACUGCUUGGUUCUCUCAAUAUCUGGGACAGUAUUUGAGUCAAGCAUCACUGUCUGACCUUCAGUCAUUCUCUGAUAAUGAAACAUUGCUUCAAGAGUUUGCAGCAAAUCCAGAAAACUUGAAACUUCUAGAAAAUGUGACAUUAUCGAAUGAAGUCUCAACAGCCUAUAUUAACUUACUGGUUAAAAACAAUCCAAAUUUUAAUGCUUCAAGUUUGCCAAACUCUCUGCUGUGCUUCAUUACCAAUACUAAUCUACUUCAGAAAUUGACUGCACAGCAAACAUUGGCUUUAAUCGGAAGGGUCAAUGAAGUCUGUGGGCUUAAUCUGACGACCAACACAUCUACCGAUGGUACAGUACCUCCUGAAGAGCCAACAGAUGAGCAAUUGAAGCUGGCGAUAGUUUUAGUGGGCAAAAUUGACAACUUUUCAGUCAGCACUUUGAAUACUUUGGGACAAACUGCUGUUGGACUAUCAUUGUCACAGGUUGACAGUAUUGAUGGGAACACUCUGGAGCAAGCUCUGCCAAGUCUGGGCAAUGUCCGAGGCUGGAAUAUUGGCCAAGCUAAUUCAAUAGUAAACAGGUUACUAGCGAGCGGUUUCCAGGUCAAUGACACAAGUCGUCUGCUGGGUCUGGGAAGCCUGGUGUCUGGAAUUCCCAGUGGUGUGUUCCAACGUAUUGAUCCCGUGAUAUUCAUCAAUGUAAUCUCAAACGUGAGAUUUGUUGAGAAUAUUGGAAGAGCACCGCCAUCUAUACGACAGAUCUGUGUUCUGCAGGUGCUGAGGAAUGUGGACAACCCAGUGACAACAGUAAGGAACAUUCCAUCAGUUCUUGCCGCAGAGGUUCCACCUGCACUGUUAAAUUCCAACCUCAGCCUCAGUGAUGUAAACAAUAAAGAGUGGACUCCCAGUCAGUCUGCUGUGUUCUUUCAAAGGGUGGUCAGAUACACCAACAGUUAUGAGAUAUUUACACCUGCUGUCCUCCGAGGUUUCAGUUGCGGUGCAACGAAAAACCUUGCUUUUGCUACAUUUCUGAAGCUUGUUCGAGCAAUGAAGGUGAAAGAGAUCGUGCUUGAUGAAAGUCAGCUUGAGUGUAUUUCUGGUAGAAUCACUUCUGAAAGAUCUGAAGUACCCUUGGAUGUCCUGCCCGGGGAUGUUCUACUGUUCAAUUAUCAAUACUUCAGUACUUUGUACACCUGCAAGGAUCUUUUCAAAUUAAUUGGGAAAUCGAACGUUAACCUCUUGAGAAAAGUAUCAGCAAGAGAACCAAAUAUUCUGAAUGACGCCAAAACCUGUUUGAGAGUUACCGGCAGGACCCUGACAAAGGAGAGCUUGACAAUACUGGGUGGAUUGGUCUGUGACAUUAAUGGAUCCAUGAUCAUGGAAUCUGAUAUAUCUGUUCUGGAUGCCUUAAAGAAAUGUGUCUCAUAUAGAGAUGAUCAGAAGACGGCAAUUGAAUUUCUCCUUCGAAGUGGAGCCAGCAAAUAUGGUUUACCUUCAUCAUGGUCAUCAACUACGAUAGAAAACCUCGGAAAUCUUCCUUUGGCAUUGACUGAAACGUGGAGGCAAAUAAACAUGCCUACCCUAAAAGAAGCUCUGCCGAGGUUUAUCAAGAAAAUAAAAAGAUUGAGACCUCCUGGAGAUGUGUUGAUAUUUAUUGGUCAGCUCAAAUUACGAGGAAGAUCAAACAAUACUGCAACCUGUGCAGAGGGAGUAAUAGCACCAGAAAGCAUCAAUGAUCUAAUACCUGCCAUCUAUGAUAUGGCCCAAUUGGACCUUUGUUUGAGUGAUGCUGUGCUGAAAGAUGGUGUUCUCCAACUGGGAUCUCUUGCCUUUGAUCCAAGUCAGCUGAAAGUUCUGAAAAAGAGACUUCUUCAGAUUUAUCCCAAAGGCAUUCCAGAAAGCCAUAUUCAGCUGCUGGGCAACAUCUCCACUGUGUUUAAUGCAACAGAAGUCAGCGGUUGGAACGUCACUCAAGUGGAGACACUUUCUGCAUUAAUGACGCAGCAGCUGGAAAACACAACGGUUAUAUCCAUUAUUACCAGAUUUCUCCAGUUAGGCGGUAAUCUUAAUGCAGUUUCCUUGAAAGGCAUUGGUGGACCCAACUUGUGCACUUUGAAUCUGGAACAACUGAAGACAAUUUCAAACCUGACGGAUGCUGGAGCUCUGGAUCUUUCCGCUUGCACACAGGAAAAGAAACGUUUGCUUUAUGAUAUGGCUGUCACCGCUCUGAAGUCUCAACAAACUGACCCAAUCCCCUAUUUUCAGCUGAUAAAGCCAUAUGUUGGUGGUGCCCGAGCAGAUGAACUGAGGUUUCUUGCAAAUAACAGAGUUAACAUGGAUUUUGCAACCUUCAAGGGAUUGGAUCCUGAAGAAGUAAAGAAACUGAAUGCUGAUACUCUGAUCAAUUUACUUGGAGUUUACCUUCAAGCUCUGCGACGUGGAGCGAAUGAAACUGUAGUAGUUGUUUGGGUGGCCUCAAACAAUGAGUCUGAAGUGAGGAAACUUGGGCUGACAGGAGGUAUUCCAGAACCUCCAACUGACAAUACAACUGGCAAUGCCACAGUUAAUGAAACUACAUUGUGUACAGCAAUAGACAGUUCAGCGUUGAAAACUUUCCUGCUUAAUGUUAAUGCAACCCAGCUCUGCAACUUCAGCAUUACAGAUUAUGCAUGUGUUGAGGCUGAUCUACUGGUCUCCAGUUUAAGCAGUGAUGACUUAGCAGACAUAGUUGAUUGUUUCAUCGGUCCAAAAGCUUUGAACAGAUCAGCUGAAACUGCGCUGACCAUUUUUAUUCAGAAACUUAACAGAACCACGCUGACCGAGGCCCUAGGCAAAUUCAACAGCAAGAUUCUGAACACAGCAUCAAUUCCCCUGAUGACAAAGAUCACAUUUAUGAAUGCCCUUUGGGAGACUGUGAAGACCUUUGAAAACUUAACAAGUGUAACCUUCCUGAGAGAGUGGUUCCAGGAGCGAUUCAGGCCAUUCAUUGCUGGCAUUUCCCAGUUCGUGCUAAACCCUUUGCUGACAAGAAACAUCAGCUGCGAGGGUUACCAGGCAGUUGUAAAAGGACUGAAUAAUGGAUUCAGGGAAAUGCCACGGGAGACAAGAGAGACUGUGCUAAACGUGUGGAUCCUUAAUUACCUCGAUACCACAGGUUCUGGUUGUAUCAGCAAUACCAAUGGAUCCAGAGACUGGCUUUUGAAGAAUUGGGGAAUGUUCAGUGGCCUUGUUCAGAUAGAGAUCUUAACCAGGAGGAAUCCAAGCUUCAAGCCGCUUGAUGCAGUGGAAUUACUGACACCUUCCCAACUGGGAGCAUUUGCUGGUAAGAACGGAUCAUUGCUUAAUGCUGAUGAUGUUCGGAAGAUCUUCAACAGCAUCACUACUGAUACUGUUGUCCAGUUCAUCGAGGAGUUCAGGACAGCCCAGAGCCAGAAUAAUGUGAUUUUCACUCCUGGUGUCAGAACAACAUUACUGCAAGAAAUUCUGAACCGUACGCAGCCAAUUUUUUCAACUGCCAAUGAAACGGAACUUCAGGUCUGGUUUGGCACAAGGUUGCAAGCGUUACUUCCAGGACUCACAGAAAACAUGUUGCCCUUAAUCUUUGUCACCGAAAACUGCAAAGGAUUUCAAACCAUAAUUUUAGAGCUGAACCCAAUCAAAGAACAGCUGAAUAGAAGUGUUCAAGCAGCUGUAUAUAGAGCAAUAUUGGCUUACACGAAAGCAAUCCCUCUUCGCUGCUAUGAAAAUAACAGUUUUAGCCUUUACCUGAAGAGCCAGUUUCAAAAUUUCUCCACGUUUCUAACUCUCUCUGAUGCUUUAUCUUUGGUUCCUUCCAGCCGAAUUACUCAGGUAUUAAGAGCCACAGGUCCCAGUGAUUUGGCUGAUUUGUUGAGCAGGCCAGCGAUCAUUGAUGACAACAACUUACUGACCAUGCUGUUGAGGAACUACCAACCCAUCCAGAACCUAGCACAAUUUGUGGAUCUGUUCAACCAAAAGACACUGGAUGAUAAUCUGACAGAUGCUAACCUAGCUGCCAUUAUAAAGGGUCUUUGGCCUCAGUUUAUUAUCAGCUUACCUGGUCUCAAUGGCACAGAACAGGAUGAAUGGCUUAACUCUAGGCUAAAUCCAUAUCUGCCUUUCAUCACCAAUGACCUCCUGGUUUCCAACAUCACCCUUGGAGUCGAAUGCCUUCCUUACAGGAAAAUUGUGAAAGCAUUGAGUCGUCAUUACAGUGACUUUGCCUCUGACAAACAAGUGGAAAUCUACCAGGGUAUCAGAACUUAUCUACAGCAAGGUCCUGAACCAAAGUGCUAUGAUGUUACUGAUCCAGUCCUGAACUCCACUGCUUGGUUUGCUGAAUACUUGGGACUUUUUAUGAAUCGCGUGUCACCAACAGAUCUUCAGUCUUUCGCCAAUGACUUAAUUCUUCAAGACUUUGCAGCAGACCCUGAAAAUGUGGCACUCCUAAAUCUUUUGACACUACCUGUUGCUGUCUUAAAGCUCUAUAUUAAUUUGCUGGUGACUAAUAAUCCAAAUAUUAAUAUUUCUGGGAUUCCAGAUUCUCUGAUUUGCUUCACUGCUGAUACAAAUUUACUUCAAACUGUGACUGGAGAACAAGCCUUGAUUAUUAUUGAAAAGGUGAACAAAAUCUGUGAGGACAACGUGUCAUCCGAUGCAAUAACUGAUGAACAGAUUAAGCUGUCAAGAUCAUUAGUGAACAAAAUUUCAAACUUAUCAGUCAGCACUCUGACAAGCUUGCAACAAUCAGCUGUGGGGCUCUCAGUGACACAGAUUGAAAAUACUGAUGCUGUCAAUGUGGAGAAAGCCCUGCCAAGUCUGAGUACUGUCAAGGGCUGGAACAUUGGUCAAUCCAAACAAAUUGUAAGCAAGUUAUCAAGUAUUAAUUUCCAGUUUAAUAAUAAGGACAAUCUGGUCAGGCUCGGAACCUUGGUGGCUGGUAUUUCGGUUAAUGUAUUGCAACGUAUUGAAUCCACCGUGCUCGUCAACGUGACCUCCGACAUUACAUUCAUCAGAAAUAUUCAAGAGGCACCACAACCUGCUCAGCAGUUUAUCACUCUGAAAGUUUUGCAGACUGAAGAUAGCCGCAUAAGAGCUGUGAAGAAGAUUCCAAGUGCUUUAGUUAAAGAGAUUCCACCCACAUUUCUUACCACGGAUCUCAACCUUCAAGAUGUCAAUGAUAAACAGUGGGUGCCCAGUCAGGCUGCCGUAUUCUUUGGAAAUAUCGUGGGUAAAAAUAGAAACUUUGAAAUAUUCUCAUCCUCUAUCUUGCAAGGCUUCAGUUGUGGUGCAGUAGUAUCUCUGAAUGACUCCACAUUUCUUCAGCUUGUUCAAGCAGUGAAGCAAAAAAGAGCUGUGCUUGAUGAAAGUCAGUUAAGCUGUAUGUCUUACAGACUAACUUCUAUUCAAACACCAUCAAUCAUAGACGAUUACCCUGAGGAUGUUCUGUUGUUUUUCGACUCUUCUGACUUCAGAACAUCUCCAAACUGCAAGAAAUUCUUUAAAGCAAUUGGAAAGUCAAACAUUGAUAUCUUACAGAAAAACUCACGUCGGCGACAAAGGCUGUUGAAUAAUGCCUUCACUUGCUUGGGCAUUGGUGGUAGAAAUCUGACAAGGGAGGACGUUGCAGUUUUAGGCCGCUUGACCUGUGACCUUCCAGGAACUGUUAUCUCUAACUGUGAUGUUACCGUUUUGGAUCCAUUGAGGGAAUGCACCUCGUACUCAGAUGAUCAAAAGACUGCAAUUGAAUCCCUGCUUGUCAACAAAGCCAGCAGAUAUGGUUUCCCUAGUUCAUGGUCGACCAGUACAGUGAAUAAUCUCGGAAAUCUUCCUUUGGCUUUAUCCACAGCCUGGAGUCAAGUGAAUCUGUUUGUCUUUAAUACAGCCCUCCCAAGGUUUAUCAGGAAAGUGAAAAGGUUUAGAAGACCAAACGACAUAGUAAAGUUCAUGAAGCGGCUCGGAAGACGUAGAAGAUCAAGGCGAGCAGCAGACUGUACUGUCGGACAAAUAACAGUAGAAGGAAUUAGUGAGCUGACCCCGGUGGAUUAUGAUGCUGUCCAGUUGGAGGCCUGUUUGAGUAAUGAUGUAUUAAAAGACAAUGUGGUGACACUGGGAACUCUUAAUUUUGAUACUGAACAACUUACAAUCCUGAAAAACAAACUCAGUCUGAUUUACCCCAAUGGCUUACCAGAAAACCAGAUUCAGCUGCUCGGGAACAUAUCCACUGUGUUCAAUGUGACAGAAAUCAGCAGCUGGAAUAUCACUGAAAUUGAAACACUUUCUGCAUUAAUGGCACAAGAAUUGGAAAACACAACGAUUAAAGCCAUCAUCACAAAAUAUCUCCAGAGUGGUGGAACUCUCGAUGCAGUUUCAUUGAAAGCUAUUGGUGGAUCAAACUUGUGUACCCUGAAUGAAAGUCAACUCAUGACCAUUUCAGAAUUGAUGAAUGCUGGUACGCUGGAUAUCUCCACAUGCACUCAAUCAAAGAAGAACCUGCUUUACACUCAAGCAGUGAAAGAAUUAGCAUCUCAGCCAAAUAGCACCAUUGCCUACUUCAAUCUAAUAAAGCCAUUCCUCGAUGGUUCUAAUGCAAAUGAUCUGAGUGAACUUGCAAAAAAUAAUAUCAGCAUGGACUUUGCAACGUUUACACAUCUGAAUCCUGAAGAAGUGGCGAAACUUACUGCCAAUCAGUUGCAAAGCUUGCUUGGAAUUAACCUUCCUGCUCUUCAAACUGGAGCCAAUGAAACUGUCGUGUUAGCAUGGGUGAGCUCACACUUUGAAUCUGAAGUAAGGCGUAUUGGGUUGACUGGAGGAAUUCCAGAUCCAUCAGAUCCCCAACUUAACUUUAUGUGUGACAACAACACCUAUAAUGAAACAGCUUUCUGUGCAGCUGUAAACAGUUCUGCUGUGAAUGAGUUCUUGAUGUCUGUUAAUGAGUCCCAGCUCUGCAAUUUCAACAUUACAGACUAUGCAUGUGCUCAGAAUAAUCAACUGUUGGAAAUUCUAACUAGAGAUCGUCUGACAACUUUAUUUGAUUGUUAUACUUCAACGAAGGCUCUACAGAGGCAAGAUGAAACUGCACUGGGGAUAUUUGUUCAGAAGCUUGACAAAACAAUCCUUAAUGAGGCACUGGAUAAAUUUAACAACAAGACUCAGAACACAGCAUCAAUUCCUCUGAUGACGAAGAUCACAUUUAUGAAUGCCCUGUGGGAGACGGUGAAGACCAAUGAAAACUUAACCAGUUCUGCUUCCCUGACAAAAUGGUUCCAGGAGCGUUUCAGACCAUUCAAUGCUGGCAUCUCCCAAGCAGUGCUGAACUGCCUUUUGAUGCAAAACACAACUUGUGAGGGUUACCAAGCAGUCUUAAAAGGACUCAAUAAUGCAUUUGGAGAGAUGCUACAGGCAACAAGAGAGACAGUACUAAAAGUAUGGAUUCUUGGCUACCUCAACACCACAGGUGCAGGAUGUAUCAGCAACACAAAUGGAUCAAGAGAUUGGCUGCUGACAAACUGGGGAAUGUUCAGACACCUUGUUAACAUAGAGGCUUUAACCAGCCUGAAUUCCAAUUUCAGUGGAUUUGACGUUCUGGACCUACUCAAUUCAAGACAUCUGUCUGAGCUAACUGUGAACUCCUUGAACAACAUAAAUAACAUCAAUGCAAUCCUUGAUGCAGUUGCUAGCAGAAACUUCACUGGACUGAAGGAAUACAUGAAGUACUUUGUCACCAACACACAAAUGAUGGAUAUUCAAGUUAUUCAAAACACAGCUGUUAGAGAUGUGAUGCUGAAUAAGAUCAUGCAACAGUUAGAAGCCCAGUUUCCAGCAUUUAAUGCCACAGACUAUGCCCACUGGUUCCAGACUAAAUUACAUCUUCUGCUGCCCAGUAUUCGAUCCAGCAAUCUCGGCCUCAUACCUUCUAACAUAACCUGUGAAUCAAACCAAGCCAUAAUUAAAGGACUGGACAAUGUUUAUCCAAGUUUAUCAUUGUCACAGAUUAGGAAUAUCAGCACGUUUGCAUCAACUUACCUCUCCAUCCAACUUAAGUCAACAGGUACUGCAUGCACUGAAAAUGCUCCUAAUAGCCGAGACUGGAUUCUAAAGAACUUUGGUGAAUUCCGGUCACAAGCUCAAUAUAGCAAGCUAACAUCUCUGAACAGUAAUUUUAUGGGAAUUGAUGUUGUGGAUUUACUCACCGUCAAACAACUCGCCCAAUUAUCUGCUAGCAGUGGAAUUCUGAAUAAUUCUGUUAACGUACAGAAGAUCAUGGACAGUAUUUCAGCCGAUAACAUUACUCAAUUCAUGGAUGUUUUCAGUCAUGAUGCAAAGCAGAACAAUAUAUCAUUGGCACCAGAGGUGGCAACCAUUUUAUUGAGUGAAGUUCUAAAUCGUGCUCAGCCAAUUAUUUCCACUUCUAAUGAAACUGAACUUCAGGUCUGGCUUGAUACUAGACUUCAACUCCUGAUUCCAAACCUGAAUGGAAACUUAACCAAAAUACUUCUGGCUAAUAUCAGCUGCAGUGGAGCUCAGAUCAUAAUACGGACCCUGAAUGCACAAAUUUCGAAGUUUCUGGAAAACAUUCAGCGACAAAUGUACAGCAGCAUUAGAAAUUAUCUCAGUGCAGGUCCAAAACCAAGAUGUUAUAGUGCAAGUGACCCAGCUUUAAACUCUACUGCUUGGUUUGCCAAUUAUUUUGGGAAGUUUUUGAUUUAUACAAGCACAGAUGACCUGGCUUUGCUGACAGCUACUGCAACAUUGAAGCUAUUUACAGCCAACCAGAAAAAUCUGGAUCUUCUGAAGAGUCUUAAUCUUCCAAAAGAAAUCCAAAGCUUUUAUGCCAAGGCUCUCUUCACAAAUGAAAACAUUAAUUUCUCAAGCAUUCCUGACAGCUUGGUUUGUUUUAUUGUUGGCACCCCAUCAGUUCAAUCUUUAAAUGCUCAGCAGGCUUUAUCUCUGCUUCAAAAAGCAAACGUAGCCUGCCAGACUCCAAGCACAAAUGGAACUGCACCAACAGAUAAUCAGAUGCAGCUUGCAGUUGCUCUAGUGAGUAAAAUUGACAGCUUCUCAUUUGAUACGCUGAGCAAUCUGGGCCAAUCAGCUGUUGGACUAACAAUAACACAGAUCAAUGCUAUCAACAGUACUGAUGUUCACAAAGCCCUGGGCAGCCUGGGUAAUGUCAAAGGCUGGACUCCUGGCAAAUCCGAUGCAUUGGUCAAAAAGUUGAUCACUGCUAACUUCCAGUUUAACAAUGUCACCAACCUGUUGAAAAUGGGAACUUUGGUGUCUGGUCUUACAAGUGAGAGGUUGGAGAACAUCGAUAGCAAUGUGAUCGUCAGCGCCAUUAAUGAUAACACUUUUGUAGAAAAUAUAUUGCUUGCUCAAGAACCAUCACAACAACUUGUUGUCCAAAAGAUUAUUCAAUCUUCAAAUAAUCCCACAAUAUUUAUACAGAGAGUUCCAGCUAUGCUUGCUUCUAAAAUUCCUUUGCCUCAGUUGAUUUCCAAAGAUAUUAACCUGAAUCUUGUGAACAAAAAGCAGUGGAAACCCUUCCAGGCUGCUGUGUUUUUUGGGAUUUUGAUAGGAAACCGUAACCUAAACUUCAAUGUUGCAUCCGCCUCUGUACUGCAAGGUUUCAGUUGUGCAGCAGGAAACAAUUUGGACGAUGAACGAUUCAAAAAAUUUGUUACAGGCACAAAAGAUAAUGUUUCACUGAAUGCUGAUCAGCUGAUUUGCAUGUUUAGAAGAUUGAAUGCCACUGAAACACCAGGAAACAUUUCUGACCUACCAGCAGAUGUCUUGAUAUACUAUACCCCUGAAGCAUUCCCAUCCGAAAACUGUACAAGCUUCUUCCGUGCUGUUGGGCAUGCCAACAUUAAUGUUGUAUCACGAGAAUCUCAAGAAAGGAAGAAUCUGUUGAAAAAUGCUAAAAUCUGCUUGAAUAUUUCGGCUGAAGGGUUGUCAAGAGAUGAUGUGACGAUACUAAAUAAUUUAGUCUGCGACUAUGAUGGAGACAUUACAAAAUCUGAUAUUUCUAUAUUAGAGGCAUUGAAAAGUUGUACUGAAUAUACACCUAUUCAGCAAAAUGCAAUUAAUACCUUACUUAACAAUCAUACACAAGUAUAUGGUGAUCCCUCCACAUGGAACACAUCUACACUAGAAAAUUUGGGAACACUUGUGUUUGCUGUGAAUGGAAAUACAUGGAAAGACGUCAAGAGGGCUGUUAUCUUAGAUGGCCUGAAAACAUAUGUGGGGAGACGAUCAAAGUUCCAAAUUCAAAGACAGCGAGAUUUGCUCCUACGCCUGUCCUUAUUUACCAGAGCAAAACGUGCAACAGGAUGUGGAGUUGGUGAAAUAACAGCAUCUAUGACAUUUGAUGUCUUGCUACCUGCACAAUAUGGAGCAUCAGAUUUGGAUGAAUGUCUGAAUAAUACCAUACUGAAGGAUUAUCUGUUUCAACUGGGAAGCCUUGCUUUCUCUGAAGCCCAGCUUGAAGUCUUAAAGGAAAAAUUGAAUCAGAUUUAUCCAAAUGGAAUUCCCGAAGAGAAGAUCCAGUUACUGGGAUAUAUUACUUCAGUGUACAACUCUACUGAUAUUAACACUUGGAACGUAACCAAACUGGAGACCCUUUCAGCUACACUGUCAAACAGCCUGAGUGAUGAUGUGAGCAAAGCCAUUAUGUCAAGAUACUUAAGUGCCUCUAGAAUAAUAGAUACAGCUGUGCUGAACAUUAUUGGUGGUAGGGUGUUGUGCCUUCUUGACGAAAGCCAACUAGAGAAAAUCAGUCGUACUAAUAUCAGCAAUGCAAACCCUCUGAAUAUUUCCUCGUGCUCUCAAUCAAAGAAAAACUUAAUUUACAACAAAGCAAAGAGUGUGAUUGAGUUACAAAAUAAUGAUUCAGUCAUCUACUAUAACCAGAUGAAAACGUAUUUUGGUGGUGCAAGUAGUGCUCACUUACAGACUCUAGCUUCACAGAAAAUCACUAUGGAUCCCUCUGUAUUCCUGGCACUGAAUCCUGAGGAAUUAAAAGAACUCAGUGCCAAUGAAUUGAAAAAUUUGCUCGGAAUUAACCUUCAAACAGUUAAAACUCAUGAAAAUUCCACACUAGUUCAAGCUUGGAUUUCACAACAUACAAAAAGUGAAGUGAGGAGCCUGGGAAUUGGUCUAACAGGAGGAAAGCCUGACUCUGAAUCUUCUGGGUUAUUUAAUAUCCUAGUAAUAGGAUCAUCAUCAUCAUCAUCUAUCAACAAGAAUUAUCUACAGUGUUUAAUUCAGUCUUUCUCCAUCAGUGCAAUAAUCAUUGUAUUACAAGUGUGGUUGUGAUAGAAAGAGACUAUUUUACAAUAUCUGUAAAUUGAUAAUGUCUGUAUAAGUGUGUCUGACAAUCAACCACUGAACACAAUUUGAACAUGACAAGCACUAACAUUUACCAAAUGAUUUAGUUGUAUAUGAUGUUUAACAUACAGAGUAAAUAUUUUAAAUUAUAAACUCAGUUUUGCAUUAUAGGAUCUUACUAAUAGUAGAUAAAUUGCCAGUCAUGCCAAAGGACAAAUUUAAAAGUGUUACAAAGAAAAAUAAGAAAGAACCUCUUUAAUCAGAGUUAUGUGAUUAGUAUGCAAGCUAAUAAAAACAUUAAUGAUCAUUAAAAUAUAGAUAUUUGAUCAAAUGUAGUGCUUUGGGUCAAAUGUUAUUUUCAGGUUUUUGUUUUUAAUUAUAUUUAAAUUUUGACAUGAGAGCUUGUUGAUAGAGACAAAUACUAAUACAUUUUUCAGUAAAUAAGCAAGCAAUUUAUAUUUAACUAAGAUGGGUGUAAUUACUUUUCUCAAACAAUGAAAAAUGUGAUAAUUUUUUAAAUUAAGUAGUAACUAGUAACUUAGCACAACCAAA